UACAGAUAUGAAAGCCAUAAAGAAAAGCGUUCAGUUCAACCGUUGGCUAUCAAGAAGAGACAGAUUUCUGAAUACGUAUCGCAAAUAAAACUAUAUCUCAGGGUCGUUUUAAUUGUUAAUGAAUAGCCUUCAUUCAGAUGUACUGUCUAUAUCAAAAACGUAGUCAGAAGAUCAUCUUAAGGGCCUUCACCCUGAGCGGUGUUGUGAAUGUUUCAAAUUCAAAUCCAAACUGUGGUCACGUCAUAACGGUAUCAUGUAGGCUAUUAUAUUUUAGGGCUAUAAACUCUGACACUUCUGUCAAAGCCGGGGCAAUGUGGCCCCUUGAAAGCCUGCGUUUUGGCUCAGCCACUUGUUAAUCAUUACAUAACAGAGCAGGGAUAGAGUGUAGUUGUGUUUCUUGCUGUGUCUGGUUGUUUCCUCAUCUCCACCUGAGAGUACCCAGCUGCAGAGCUGCUCCACUGGGCUUCAGUCUUCAGUGAGUGUUGCUGCAUGUGGAGGCUGGCUGUAUGCCCUGACUCUCUGCUGCCUUCUCUCCCAGUGACUACAUCGCUAAACUACAGUGACUCUCCUGCACCAACCGGGGACCAACAAGAACAUACCACAACUACCCCUGCUGCAACUAUGAUCAUGACGGUGACCAGUCUGGGUUCAGCCCCACACAUGAUGGAUCUGUGUCACUCACAGAUCCUGAGAACUGCUCGUUCUCAGGAUGUUCUGCGAACGAUCAGUCUGUCCUCAUCAGGAGAGACAUUUGUCAAAGUUGCCCAUCAACGGUGUAACACUAUUGAUGGGUAAUGAUAUUGCAGGAGACAAAGAAAACUCAGAUGAGGUUGUUACCUGUUCAGAGUUCAACUAGACUGCGUACGUCCCUUCCGCCCACCAUUGUAUGUUGUACGUCCUGGCACUUAAUGUGCACACUUAUUGUUCGCACUUAAUGUAGGCCUACGUAGGCUACGUUGUACUUAUUCAUAGUACUUAAUUGUCUCGCAUCUGCAGUAGCUGCUAUCACUGCUGUAUACGGGGAAUGGGUUAGCCUAGAGAAUGUUAGUACUUGGUACUUCUUAGCACUUGGUUCUAUGAACAUCUUUACUGUACCGACAGCGAUAUAUUGUUUCACUUCUUAUGACAAAUGUAUUUAUUCCAAGUCGCUUUGGAUAAAAGCGUCUGCUAGAUGCCCUAAAUGUAAAUGUAAAGUCUACUGUAUAGUUCCUGAUGCCAGCUUUCUCAGGAGAAGAGGUCUUGUGAAGUUCCCUGAAGAGGUAGAUUCUGUAUUGCCAAGAAUUACUGAUGACCACAACACCAGGGGCCAGGAACAGGUUAGCCCCAGGAACAGGCAAUAGUUCAUUUUCUUUGUAUUUGUACCCCGUUGGUCAUUUUAAUGCUCUUACACACUUGAUUACAUUGCUACUUUAUUCCGAUUACCAAUUUAUGCAUUGCACGGUCUUGCUGUGAGUGCAAUACAAUGUAAAGUUGAGUUUGUUUUCGAGCUGGUUUGCUUAUGUAGCUAACAAUAAACCACGACCAGCCAGGUUCAUAACACAUCAGAAAGACCAACGGGAGCCAUGGAUCUAUAAAAAACGGGAACGCUCCGUAUGACGUCGGACGUACAACAUGGAUGUCCUGCUUUGACUCCAGCUGAAACUGAAAGAACACGAUAUUACAGAACUUCGAUCCAUUUAGAGGAACUGCCUGGCGGAAUGUGGGGCCCAUAUGUUUAGAAUUAAAGCAGUUAAGUCAAAACCAUACACCUUAUUUUUCCUCAAUAUAAAAUACUUACUAUAAUAUUGUUUGAUUACUGACACAGAGCCACAAGAGUUGGCUGCUAUUGAAAUAUGUUAUACAGUUUGAUGGUUGAGGCAAAUUGGACGGCCAUGUUCAUUUCCAAUGCUCAAUUGAUGUUAAGUCUAUAUUUCGUAAUACUUAAUUUAAAUGUAAUUGGCAAUACUGAUGCAUUAGCAAAGUGUCGCCAGGCAGAAUACCAAGUGGAAGGUCAAUGUUGUCCUACCUGUCCAGCCGGAAUGCAUGUUAAUAGACAUUGCACAGAAUUCAGAAGUACAUCAUGUGCAUCUUGCACAGAGGGUACUUUCCAAGAUGGCGACAAUGGGCGUGAACAAUGCUUUUUAUGUAAACAUUGUGAUGCAGGUCUCGGCCUGAUGGUGAAGAAGUCGUGUUCAUCAACAUCAGAUGCUGUGUGUGAGGUCCUGGAUGGAUUCUUCUGUAGUGACUCUAACAGAGGUGGAUGUAGGACCGCUCAGAGACACACGGUUUGCAGUCCUGGUCAAUACAUCGGUCAAAGAGGAACAGCAGAUAAAGACACAGAGUGCUUUCACUGUACUGAUGGAACAUUCUCAGAUGGUGCAUCAUCAUCUUGCCAGUCCCACAGAAAAUGUGAAUCUGUGGGACUGAAACUGAUGAGACCAGGAACUGAUUCAACUGAUUCUGAAUGUAGAGAACAUGGUUCAGAGAGAGGAUAUGUGGCAGGAAUAAUACCAGGAGUCAUACUGGUAAUGGCUUUAAUAGCAAUAACCAUAGCCAUUAAUCACAGGAAGAAAAAAAUAGAAAAGGCUAAUCUAAUACUGGAUAAGAAACUGGAUAGGAAAGAAGAGGAGAGAAGAAAAGUUGAAGUGGAUAGGGAGUUAACUGGUGGAGCUGCCGGAGAAGAGACACCUGGUCCCUCAUCCACACCUCUCCUCUCUCCGCAGUUGGAAUAUGAAUCUACACCACUAAAGUCCACUUACGGUCCUGAACCAAUCAGGGACCAACAAGAAUAUACCAUGAAUAUCCCUGAUGGAACUAUAGUUGAUCAUCAUGGUGACCAGAUUCUGGGACCAGCCCCUCCCUCAAGCCCCUCACAAGAUGGAUCUGUGUCGGUCUCAGUCCAUCAGGAGGACCAUCAGCCUGUCCUCAUCAAGACAGACAGUGGAGCCUCCCGGUCCACCCCCCUCAGUCUGGGUCCCCCCUCCCCCUCCCAGUCCCCCCCCCCCCUCAGUCUGGGUCCCCCCUCCCCCUCCCAGUCAGAGAGAAGGUUUCGUGUUUGCUCCAAGUCGGAAUCAAGCUGCCUCGAAAAUCCCAAGUUGCCCAGGGACCGUGUUUCACUAUUGAUGGAUAAUGACGUUGCAGAAGAAGAAGUAACGCCAGUUCUAGAAAACCUGGAUCCACCUUAAAGUGAAUCUAAUGAUUCAAACUGAGAAACUAGAGGAAGAAAUACACCAGUCGGAUUCCUUCCUGAUGCCAGCUUUCACAGGAGAAGAGCCCUGGUGUGUUUAUCAUCAUUAUUUGAUCAAUCCUCACAUUAUUCUUCUAUCUGUGGCUCACACAGCAAAAACAAGCGUGGUGUUAACAGAUAGUGUGAGGUGUCUGAAGCACCCGGGCGCCGUCCCCCUGGGAUCUCCUGCUCCCUGGGGGACGCCCAGUUGGGACUUUGGGGAUGGACCUUGGCUCGCUCUCAGCGAUGGCGGCACCAGGCCUCCAGCUGAAGGGGUUGAGCGGAGCGCUCGAGCCGGGGGCUGUGGUCUGACCAACGCUGGGAGGGAGGCGGGGGCAGUUCCAUUGACCGCCUUGUAGGACGGAACCGUCGUCCUGAAUCUGAUGUGAAGAUAGUGCAUAUGCACUAUGUUCAAUUCACUCAUACUCAAACAAAACCUUAAGAGUCAGGAACCAGCUGAUACACCAGACUGGGUUGACAUCAGGUUCUGUUCGGGUCAGACGUCCCCUCAAUGUCACGAAGGCUGCAGCCUGGGCUUUGGGACGCAACCUCGAUGAUUUGUGAAUAUGGCAGACCUUCAGUCCAUUCAGAGAAACUGGGUGGCAGCAUGUGGGCCCAUAUGUUUUGAAUGAAACCAUGUUAGGUCAAAACCAUACACCUUAUUCUUACCCCUUAAAAAGACACGGCACUGACACAGAGCCAAACACGUUGGCUGCCAUCAAAAUAUGUUAAACAGUUUGAUGGUUGAAGCUUAAACAAAUUGGGAGCCAUGUUAAUUUCCAAUGCUCAAUUUCUGUUCAUUAUAUAUUUGGUUUUAUUUCAUUUAAACUUAAUUGUCAAUGCUAAUGCAUCAGCCAAGUGUCGCCAAGCAGAAUACCGAGUGGGAGGUGAAUGUUGUCCCACCUGUCCACCAGGAAUGUAUGUUAGUAGGCAUUGCACAGAAUACAGGAGUACAUCAUGUGCAUCUUGCACAGAAGGUACUUUCCAAGAUGGCGACAAUGGGCGUGAACAAUGCUUUGCAUGUCAACAUUGUGAUGCAGGUCUCGGCCUGAAGGUGAAGAAGUCGUGUUCAUCAACAUCAGAUGCUGUGUGUGAGGUCCUGGAUGGAUUCUUCUGUAGUGACUCUAACAGAGGUGGAUGUAGGGCCGCUCAGAGACACACGGUUUGCAGUCCUGGUCAAUACAUCGGUCAAAGAGGAAAAGCAGAUAAAGACACACUGUGCCUUCACUGUACUGAUGGAACAUUCUCAGAUGGUGCAUCAUUGUCUUGCCAGAACCACACAAAAUGUGAAUCUGUGGGACGGGUGCAGAUGAAACCAGGAACUGAUUCAUGUGAUUCUGAAUGUGGCGAACAUGGUCCACACAAAGUACUGGUGUCAGGAAUAGUAUUAUCAGGAGUCAUACUAAUGGCGUCAAUGGCGGCUUCCAUAGCCAUUAUUUACUGGAAGAAAAAAAA